AUGGCCACGGCAAGGCCUUCCAAUGCCACACCUGGCAACCAACACGCCUCGCCCCAUGAGACCACCCCCGAACAGCAGGCCAAAAUCCGCCUCGUCUUCCAGUCCGAGCUUGGUACUCCCCAAGUCCAGCUCAUAAAUGUCGAGUCCACCGUACUCUACAACGCACUCUCCACCAAGCGCCACGCCGACGUCGACGCCGAAGACGACGGCUCCUUCCACUCCGAAGUCCUCAAGAACGCGAUCGACCUCCUCCAGCGCUUGCACAGAUGCGCGCCCCUGUACCUUAAGAUGGCAGCGGGCUACAGACAGCGCGUCGCCAACUUCUUCGCAAAGGAGGUCUUCUGCAGGACCUUCUGCAGCGACAUCGAGGGCUUCGACAACAAGGACAACCCGCGCGCCUGGAUCGACGUGUUCCACUUCUUUCAGGCCAUGAAGAAGAUCUGGGACGGCAGCCUGCUGGGGGGGCUCAAGGUGUCCGGUCGGGACGUUGCGGCGGUUGGCUUCGACGCGCGCGACGAGGUCGCCAAGUCCGAGACCCGCACCAGGAAGGGCGCCGUGUUGUGGGCACUCAUGGGCCUUGCGUCCAAGGACAUCGAUAGAUACGGGAGCGCGGAGCACGAGACCUGGUGCGUCGAAGCGGCUGUCAGGGUCGGGAUGUGGCGCGAAAGGCUCAAGGAGGACAAGGACUCACUGUUCCGCCUGCCUGUUGAGGAUGGCUGGGGCAGCCACUCCGACGACGUCCUUCCUGAGCGCGACGAUGAUGCAAUGAAACUUUUCGAGGAGCUGGAAACGAAACUCCGCGCUUUCUACUUGAAGUGUAAAGAGAAGAUGCCCGAGCAGGCCAUAGUUCUCCCCGAAAUACCCAAGGAGCUUCCCGCCAGGGCGGUUACCCCCGAGGCCGACCAAGAGGAUGACAAUCGUGACCAGCAAGGCCCUGAGGAAAUAACCCAACGCGAUGGUACAGGUGAGGAGAUGACUUUCGAGACGAGUAUUCCACACCAUAUCUGGCAAGUUCUUUUCCCGGAGAAAAACCCCCAAGAGGGCCUCGUGCCGAAGAGUUCCAUCACGCAUCACACGGAUUUAGAGAACGAAGUACCGAGCAAGAAUGUCCCACAGAAGAACGGACACAACCAGAAGACUUUCACCCUCUUUACUCAUGAACAUCCCACGCUACAGAAAAUCAUCACCAAGGACCCAAAGGAGUCCAUCAGGCCUGUAGACCACUCGGGGAAAGCACUCGAGCGAGCCAUGGAACGCAUCUACAGUGUGCUCCGCGCCAACGGCCUGGAGCCUGCUUAG